CUUUUGCUGAGUUUUGCAGUUUCAAAGUUUCUGAUGGUAUUUAAAUGUAUUUUUGAUAAUUUUCCUUUCGAAUUUGUUCAAGCGAUGAAGUUUUAACGUAAUAAAUUGUUAUCGAGAAUAAUAAUCUAUUUAUAAUCGUAUCGUCCAUUUUUUUCUGCAAGCACAGAGCUCUGAAGGGAUUCAUAAAAGAUUCAUUUCACCGCUCGUAAUUUCUCGUCGCAACAUACAUGUUGCAACCAUGACUCUUCUGAGUUCGAGACUUUUUAUCUCUACGAAGCCUCACUCAGCCAUUAGUUGUUUGCUGAACAAUUUGUUUCGCUCGGUGGAAAACUGUGCAGUUUUAUCGCAAAAAGAUUCAAGUUUCCCGAUCUCCUCAAGCGGAAAAGGACCGCUGCUAAGUCCGCGAGCACCACUUCGACAUUUUCACACUACACCGAAAAGAUGGGAUUUGAUGGAGUUUUUUGAUGAACAGAAAAACUGGGGAGCAAGGGACGUCCGUUCGGGCCGCUCGUGGACCAAAGAUGAUUUGCGGUUGAAAAGCAACACUGAUCUGCAUAAAUUAUGGCUAGUCUUGUACAAAGAGCGGAACAUGCUGUACACGAUGCAGGCAGAGUACGAGCGGUUAGUGGAGCUCUUUCCCAAUCCCGAGCGUAUCGACAAAGUGGAGGAGAGUAUGAGCAAUCUGCAGGCAGUGGUGGACGAGAGGAAUCGCGCCGUGAAACUGCUGGAAGUCGGUGUUACCGGUGAAGCACCGAAGCGGACUGUGUACAGCGGUCUCGGUCGGCGAUACGAAUACACCUAUUCGGAGCAUCUGAUGCCGUACUGGCGGAAUGCAAAACAUUUUAAACGGCGCUACGAACAAGUGACGACAGGCGCCAAACGUGACUUCUUGUUAAAAUUAUGGGCGAAAAACAGGAAGGCGCGACAGCAGCUGCAGAAAAAGCAGAUUGCUAUUCUUUCCAAAGCAAAGGAUGAAUAUCCCGAUGAAGAAGUCUGGCAGCAGGGAUUGGAUGUCAAUGAGAUGAAGCUGAAAGAUGUCUACCAUAGUAAAAUGUCUGACUAAGCAGUUUUCUGCAGCGUCGCUGUACGAUCGUGGCGUAAGAACGUUUUCCAGUGGGAAAGAUUGUUCUGCUCUGUAAUAUCCUGCGGUGUCAUGUAUACAUUACUUUCUAAUGUAAAACCAUUUACGAAUGCCUGAAAUGAUGAUAUUUUGUUGUGUGGUUAUGAGGAAGCGAUUAAACUGCACUUCAGCAAUG